AAUAAAAGAGAAAUGAAGAACCAAUCUGUGGAGAUUGUAUUUAUUUUACUUGGACUGACAGGUGACCCUCAGCUCCAAAUUCUGAUUUUCCUGUUUCUGUUUUUCAAUUACAUCUUGAGCCUGAUGGGGAACUUAGUAAUCAUCUUCCUCACCCUCCUGGAUCUUCGCCUCAAGACUCCAAUGUACUUUUUCCUCCGGAAUUUCUCCUUCUUGGAAAUGGCUUUCACAUCUUCUUGCAUUCCACGGUUCUUGAUGAGCAUUCUCACUGGAGACAGAACAAUUUCCUACAAUGCUUGUGCAGCUCAAUUCUUCUUCUUUUUUCUACUAGGGGUCACAGAGUUCUACCUCCUGGCUGCCAUGUCCUAUGAUCGCUAUGUAGCCAUCUGCAGACCACUGCACUACCCCAUCAUCAUGAACAGCAAAGUGUGCCACAUACUGGUCCUCAGCUGCUGGGUGACUGGGUUCUUAGUCAUCUUCCCCCCUUUGAUGUUGGCACUCAAACUGGAUUUCUGUGCCUCCAAAACAAUAGACCACUUCCUGUGUGACACUUCUCUCCUGCAGCUGUCUUGCACAGACACACGGUUAAUAGAAUUGAUGGCUUUUGUCAUAGCUGUUGUGACACUUGUCAUCACCUUGAUCUUAGUGAUUCUCUCCUAUACAUUCAUCAUCAAAACCAUCCUAAAGUUCCCUUCAGCUCAACAGCGGAGAAAGGCCUUUUCCACCUGCUCCUCACACAUGGUUGUUGUCUCCAUUACCUAUGGGAGUUGUAUCUUCAUGUACAUGAAAACAUCAGCUAAGGAGAGGGUGACUUUAAAUAAAGGUGUCUCUGUUCUCAACACCUCUGUGGCCCCGUUGCUAAACCCUUUCAUUUACACCCUAAGGAACCAGCAGGUGAAGGAUGCUUUCAAGCAGGCGCUUCACCGACUAUAUUCUUCUCACAACAGUGAAUUAAGGUUUAGACCUGAAUAG